AUACAUCCGAGGACAUUACAUCGGGAAAGACCACACAACUAACUAAAAGGAGACACAAAGAUACAAUGACAAGUGUGUUCAUCCGUAACGUAUUGAGGAUUCAGACAGACUUUGGACUGUGGAGUUAUGGAUUUUAGCAUUGAUCCUGCAUAUUGACGAAGACUGAGAAGGAACAGAUAUCAGAAAGUUUCAACAGAAAGUGAGUAACUACCCAGAAUUUUUCACAAACUGAUAGAUAAGCGUCAAAACAAUCUAUCAUGGCUACUUCAUCUAUACGACGUCAAGUAAAAAACAUCGUCCACAAUUAUUCUGAUGCUGAAGUUAAGGUUCGAGAGGCGACUUCAAAUGACCCAUGGGGACCGUCUACUACACUUAUGGCAGAAAUUGCUCAAAUGACUCACAGUGCAGAGUACCCCGAGGUCAUGAUGAUGGUAUGGAGGAGACUGAAUGACAGUGGAAAAAAUUGGCGUCACGUUUAUAAAGGUCUGACGCUUUUGGACUAUUUGAUCAAAAAUGGAUCCAACAAAGUGGUGCAAGAAUGUAAUGAGAAUCUCAUUGCUGUACAGACUCUAAAAGAUUUUCAGUUCUUGGAUCGUGAUGGAAAAGACCAUGGAAUUAAUGUGCGGGAGAAGGCCAAACAGAUAGUAUCCCUGCUAAAAGAUGAGGAGAAAAUAAAGCAAGAACGGGUACAAGCUCAAACUACCAGAAGAAGGAUGUCUCAAGUCACUGCCGCCAUUGACAGCAGCCAUAGGCUACGAUAUAAUGAAGCCUCCGUUUCAGACCUUUCUCCAGAAUUGGAGCACGCGAGACCUCAGAGUACUGGGGAGGAGGAACUACAGCUGCAGCUUGCUUUGGCCAUGAGUAAAGAAGAAGCUGAAAAGAAAGUCCCAUCAGCCCCAGACGAAGAAGAAGAAUUACAGCUGCAAGCAGCACUGAAUCAAAGUAAAGAGGAAUAUGAAAAGGAACAACAGUCGAAACAGGGGGAAAUAUCAUUGAUCGAGAAGGCUUUGAUAGAGACGCAUUUGACAGGAGACAACGAUCAGAAGGAAACGGCGAAGAAAAAUGAGACACAUAUUUAUGACCUCAUUGAUAUAUUUGGGCCUCCCCAGCCACCUGCUGCAGAUAUCUGGGAUUCCCAAGUUUCCAGCUCUUACCCACCAACCAACACAGGUUCUUUCUUUCCAGCCUGGGGCCAAACAAAUCAGAAUGUAAGGGUAGUCACCUCUCCUUUACCCUGGGAUACGAUUUCUCAGGGCGCGCAGUUAAAAACAGAUAACCCAAGUCAAAGUAUCAUUUUUGGCUCAGAUGAACCAACAGCCUGGCAAGAGACAAAAGCUGCAAAGAGCUCGUCAUCUGAUCCUUGGGGAGAUAACAAAAACAUUCCAGAUAGUCUCAGCUACGACAUAUUUUCAACUUCUCCAACUGCAGACAAAGAGGUCAAAUCCCUAUCUAGUCUAAAGACGGAAAACUCAUUUGACUUGGAUCUCUUUGGAGAUGUUUUACCUGCUUCAAAUCCGUCUGCAGACAGUACUGAGCUAGUGUCUGAAGAACCCGAUCCAGAUACCAAUGUUAAGCCUCGUAGUAAUACUCCAGAGUUGUUUUUGGAACCUGCUGCCCGGUCUUUAGUAAACCUGGAUAGCCUCGUAUCCUAUGGAGACAGUGUCAAAACCAAAAAUCCCUUUUUUUCUGGUUUGAGGGAACCAUCACCUACCAACCCAUUUCAGUAUGGAGACCAGAAACCCUCUCUCAACCAAAUUCGAGCUGCCUCCCCAUUGCCAACUACAGCAAUACAAAUGCCAGGGCAAAAUGCCACGCUUUUGCCAAUUAACUCAAUGGAUUCUGGAAUCAAUAAUUUAAGGACCAUUUCCCCAGUGCCUGGAAUCACAGUCCCAUCCACCAUACCACUUCCAAUGCCGCUUCAAAGUUUCCCCCCUGCCAUCGGCCUUUAUCCCUCAUUGAAUUUCGCAUAUGCACCGAUGGCGCCAUUGAGUCAAGUCCCCGUUGUUUUGCCUCAACCAAUACUACCAAACCCCAAUCCUGCACAAGCUUCGAAUAAUCCCUUCCUCUGAGGGGGUGAGGGGUUGGUUCUCGUAUUUGUCGAUGAGCUUUACUUAUUUUAGUGCACACACUCUAUGACUUCUUGUAACAGGGAUAAAAGCAAUGUAAUCAUUCUGUAUUAUUGCAGCAUACAAAUCAUAAAACAAUAUAUUUUCAAU